CGGGCCUAUUUUCAAUACUUUGAAGACACCCCUAUUUGGAUUUCCAACUAUACAUUGCAUGUUAUAUUUAGCGUAUAGGAUUUUAAAUUAGAAGAUGUAAAAUCGUAAUUGAAUUGAAGGUCCACAUGAAGGUCUCAGGUUUUUGUGUUGUGUUUACGUGGAUAGGUCUAUAUGCACUUUAUAUUUGUAUGUAUGUAUGCAUAUGGAAAAUAGAAAAUUUAAUCUGACUGUUUUCCGGGCCUAUGUGAAAAGGAUAAGUGUUGAUUCAAGCUUUUUCCAGUUGUAGAUAUUUAAUAAUACCUUCUUGAUAUGCUUAUGUGGUUUUCUCAAUUUGCUUUAAUUGUGAGGUUUCAUUUUCGAAAUGAGUUGUAUAUCCAAACAGGUCAUCCUCAUGUUAUAGUAGCAUACAUGCAAAGGGAAAAAUAUUCAGAUAUCAUACUAAAAUGAGAAGUUAUUUUCCUUUUUCACACCUACCAGAUAGGGUUAGUUAGAAAGCAACCAUUGAUGAACCUUCCAAGAGUGGAUGGUGGAUAAAGUUUCUUUGAUGCGGCUUUCAAAUUUGCCAUAAAUGAUGAGAUUUUAUUUUUCAAUUGAUGGUAUAUCCACAAACAUUUCCUCUUAAUACCCUUCUUGCCAACAAAAGGCUGGAUUGCCAAAGUCUUGUACCCUUGUGAGAAUUUGUCACCUUCCAAUACUUGCUGAUAUCCUUCGUUAAUUAAAGAAAAGCUGGAAGAAAUUUAGUCAUGAAAAUGUUUAUACAACAUGUACAGUAAAGAAGAUUAUCCCCUUUAACGAGUUUAGGCUGUGAGGCUAGUUGAAAAUUUUUCAGCGUGUAUAUAAGGUGAGCCAUUCAAAUUUCAAUGAAAAUCAAGGCUUAGACAGUUCGGACAAGCAUUGCCGUCUAAAUUUCAUUGAAAAUUAUCUUAGGUUGUGAAGCAAGUUGAAAAACUUUCUGACCCAACAAAUGAAGAUGCUAAAACUAAUCUUUCAUAGGAUUGAAUAAAAUCAUUAUCUAUGUGUGGUAUCAUCUAGGAAUAGAAAGACUAGUCUUGUUACCAAAAUUUGCCAAUGAAAUCCACUAAAGGAGGAAGUCUUGUUUUAAGAAUUGAUUACUUUUGUAAGUAACAAUCAUCUUGGCUCAUGAUCUUCAGAGUUUCUCCAAUCACUCCCUAGGCUAUGCUUUCUCCCCAACUUUCAAAACCUAUCCUAAGUCUUGCUGUUCUUAUUUUGCUUCGAUGCAACUGAUAGAAAUUUUGAUAUACAUGGUUUUUACUGGAAAGAAAAAGCAAUAGCUAAUGUGGGGUAUUGUCACUUUGUGUUAGUCGUUAAAACAAUAGCUUUUCAUGGCAUUGCUAGUUGAAUUUCAAAAAAGAUAAAUCAAAUGUGAUUUAUAAACAAGUCACACAACAUGCCACAUUCACAGCAUUGCUUAUUACUUAUUGACAUGAGCAUGUCACGUGCGGAGUUAACCAACAAACAAUUUUAACCUAGAUUUAUCUUGAGAAAUCUCAUUGGAGGUGGCGGCGCACUAUGGCAUUUCAUCCCUUAUAAAUAUCCCUGUAUCCUCACUGUAUCACCUCACACAUAGCACCUUCAAUAAUCUACAAUACUGAUCUAGCUUUACUUCUUCAUCCUAGCUUUUGUAAACGUUUUAUUUGAAUAGCAUAAUUUUGCUGAAGGACUUUGUUGAUCGAAAGUCAUUCAGAUAUAGGAGUACGGCAGUUUAUUGUCCAAAAGCAAGCAAGAAAGAAUUUGCAGGUAUUUGGUUGGAGAAAAAAUUGUAGCAAUUCUCCUUGUGUUACAAAGAUAAGAAGAAACUCUCUAUGAGCAAAAAUGGCAAAGUCAGCAUAAAGCAUGGACCAACUAAUUUUGGCAGAAAGUACUCAGUGGCAGAGACCUUUUACACCGGGAUUGCCAAAAUAAUUGAAAAGCAGCUUGUGUGAGUUUCCUAAAAUUUUCUCUUUUAGUUUCACAACAACAGAUAUAUUGCAUUUGUUGUUAAAGAAUGUAUUAACUAUUACCUUCAUUUGCUUGUCAUUCAACAAAGGAGCUGAUGUAAGUUUGUGGAGACUGAAACCACACACUUUAAUCUUUAUGGCUUUUAUGCAAAGUAAGUACCUGGACAUACCUGAAAAAGUGACGGAGGAUUGGCCUGUAAUAGGGUGAAGAAAUCUGUGUGACAAAAUGCUGCAGAAUGCUGAGUAUCUCUUGGCCAGUAUGGAGCAAGAACCAUCGGACUUACUCCAAGAUGCCCUUCUUCCUCUCAUGAAGGGUCUCAUAGCUGAAGCUCUGUUCAAACAUUCGAAUGAGGAUGUCAGAGUUACAGUUGCAUCUUGCCUCAGUGAGAUUCUGAGGAUAGCAUCACCAGAACAACCGUAUAAUGAUGAUCAAAUGAAGGCAAUUUUUCAGCUGAUUGUGGAGGCUCUUUCCAAGCUAUCUCAACCAUCAACACGGUGCUAUGAAAAGGCCCUCUCUGUACUUCAAACCAUUGCAAGGGUCAAGGCUUGUCUGUUAAUGCUUGACCUUGAAUGUGAGGCACUAGUUGUUCGGAUGUGCCUACAUUUCUGGUUUAUUACCAGGUCAAAUCCCUCUGCUGAUGCAUACUGGGCUGUGGAACAAAUAAUGGCGGUCAUCCUCACUGAAAGUGAAGAUAUCAGUCCAGAUCUUCUCUUCCCUCUCCUGGCUAGUGUGCUUAAGGAGAAUGAGAAAGUGGCACCUUCCUGUUGGAAAUUGGGAGAGAAAUUGAUCUCAGAUUGUGCAACAAAGCUGAGACCUAUUCUUAGGGGAGCAAUGCAAUCAAAAGGCACCACUGUGGAUGAUUAUUCUCCUGUAGUGGCCCUUAUAUGCCAAAAUGAAUCUGCUACAGAACAUAAUCAUACUAAUGGUUCUCCUAAACGAGGCAUCGCUGAUCCUGGAGACUCCAAGGGUUCAAUACUUCCCAGAGAAAGGGAACCAGAACCUAGUUCAUUAAUGAGAACCGAGGAAGCUUGGCUGUACAGAGAGAGUCAAACUACAAAACAGCCACAAAAUAGAAGGAUCUCCGUUAGCAGAAGAAAUCUUACAGCUGUGCCUACAGUUUCUUCGGGAAAAAGAAGAACUGCACUGAAGGCAAACAUGGAGACUGUGCAAGACAAGGCAGCUGUGGUCCUCAGUGAUCUUAGAGAUAAAAGAAUGAAGCUGCCAAUCAAAGGAGGAAGCAACACUAAUAAAUGCACAUUAGAGGAGGCUGGCGCGCUGGCUGGAGUAUUAGUGGGUCGUCGAAUAAAGGUCUGGUGGCCAUUGGAUGAAAUGUUCUAUGAUGGCCUCAUUCAAUCUUACGACCCCAUAAUAAAGAAGCACAAGGUUUUGUACGACGACGGGGACAAAGAAACCUUAAACCUUGAGAAGGAACGGUGGGAGUUUAUUGAGGAUAAUUUGCCAGAGGAAGAGGCUGAUAAUCCCAAACCCAUUACUGCACCCGUCAUACUGACAAAGCAGAGAGGGAGUGAUAAAAGUUCAGAAUCAAUGAAGAUAUUGAACUACAAUGAAAUUGUUAAGAGGGCUGGAGCAGCCACCAGCUUACCUGAAGUUGAAGCUCCCAAUUUCAGCAACCAAAAUAUAGGUGGAGAUGGGUCCAGUAAUGAUGACAGCAAUGAUGGUAAUGUCUUUGAGAUCAGGGCUCGAUCAAAGGAUGUCCAAGUAGAAAACCCUAGUAGAAGCACGUCUGAUGAUUCCACUCCAGAGGCUAGCCUGCCAAGAGCAAUCAGUGUUCUAUCAAAGGAUGUGCAACUCAAAAAGCCUAGAACAAGCACAUCCAAUGAAUCGACUCCAGAAGGCAGCCCACUUAGACCUAUGAGAGCGAAAUCAACGGAUGUCCGACUAUCAAGCACAUCCAAUGAUUCAACACUGGAAGCUAGCCCGCCUAGACCUUGGGGACUGUGGCAGAGUCAAUCUCACCGUUACUGACUUGAAAUUUUCAGGGUGCAGAGCAUGGAAAAUAACUGUAGCUUUGGUAAAAAUAAUAGAAGUAAUGACUCCAAAAGGCAUCAAUAUGCAAGAGCGUACAAUUAGGCCCCUGUACAAAGAUGCAGGGGUUAAAGAAGUUCCUGAUGUCCAGGAGCUUUUAGUUAUCAGCCCUUGUAUACGCAUAGAAUUUUUUCUGGCUUUUGUAAAUUUCUGAUGAUUAUAGGCCUUAUCUACAAAAUAGAAAUGAGAGCUUGUAAUGAGGCUAUUGGCCCUUACUCAUUUUGCCUGAAAUGGAAUCUGUAUUCUUUGAUGGUUCAUUAAAUAGCGAGUCAACUCGUUCAGUCAUUACUUCCAUCUUUCCCCCUGCAUAGUUGUGGUUUUGGACCGUCAGAUGAUCCCCGGUAAAAUAUACCCAGGGGCUUUGAGAAUAAUAAGUCCUCCCCCAAAAAUUAAUGACAUGACUAUGGGUUAUCCAACUUAUUUCUGCAUUGAUAAUGUCCAUUCAG